AUGAGUCGGGUUAGAAGAAACUGGACGGCAGAGGAGGAUGCCCAUCUUCGAAAACUAGUUAACAAUGAAAUCGAAAAUUCUCGCCCACUUCUCUGGAGAGCAUUGGCCAAAAAAGUACCAGGGCGUACCAACAAAGAUUGCCGCAAAAGAUGGUGGAAUAGCCUCGCAAAUAGCACUGCUAGAGGCCCGUGGUCUCAAGCAGAAAACAAAAGGCUGAUUAAGGCUGUGUCGGAGCAUGGAACGAAUUGGAAUGAAGUUGCACAUAUUGUUGGCACGAGAUACGCAGACCAAUGCUCAAGUCACUGGAGUCAGGUUUUGGAUCUGGACAUUAACCACUGCGAUUGGACGGCUGAGGAGGACGAGAAAUUACUUCAUGCGGUGCUUUCACAUGGUACUACCUGGUCGACAAUCGCAACGUCACAUACGCCAAAAAGAACUACGCUUGCGCUGAAAAAUCGCUAUUAUGCGUUGCGAUUAAGACACCAGAAUGCCGGCAAUCACAAAGAACCUGUUUCAGCUAAGGCUCCCUCAUCACCAUCUAUCAAAGUGGCGAGUAGAAUAAAGUCGAAGAAUGGACAGGAUGAUCGCUCUAACGGUAAUGGUGACACUGAAGAUGAGGAGGGAGACGAAGAAGUAGAUGAGGACGGGGAACAUCGAGAAGAAGAUGAUGGAAAUGAAGAAGAGGAAGGCAAUUGGGCUAUGGUUGAGUAUGGCGAUUCCAUAUUCCCGCUCAUUCCGAAUUGCACGUCUCUUAUUCCCCACGACUUAUCCGCCAACAAGGCCGCUUCAAGCAGCAGCCCGAACACAGUAGAAAUACCCGAAAUGUGGACGGGAUACACCGGAGCUCCAAAAGAGUCUAUUUACCAGUGGAUGAAUGCCGCAAUGAACGAUCAGACUAUGUACAUGAACGCCGACACCCAGCUAUACCCUGGCGAGCGCGUUCUUUAUGCCAAUCAAGACACAAGCGGAUUGGAUAUGAACGCGGAUACCAUGAACAUAGAUUUCGAUAAUUUACAAGGCAGCCUCUUUCCUGAAUACAAGUCGUCCAACAAUGGAAAUUCGAUAAUGUCAGUGAAUAGCAUUACGCCUCUUGACACCUCGUUACCAUGCGACGACAUUGCAGGACUUAGUCCUGAGAGUCUAAAAGAUACGAACUUGCUGCCAGUGGAGGAUGGAGGGAUAAACACAACGGCGCAGGCUUCCUCGUAUCAUAUAUCAAUUACCAUGGCAUGUAAAUCCGAUCAGUUGGGAGAUGUGAUGACUUGGGUUUUGACGAAUGGCUUGGCUUGUAAUGUUAAGAUUAAUUCACAAGCCUAG